AUGUACAGCACGUCCAUUAAGAAGUUUGAAAGACUGCCAUCAUCUGCAGUAACAACGAAGAAGUGUCCGAAUUCUGCGAAUGUCUAUUUAAAGGCACUUUCUCGGUUUUACAGCAAGAUUGCGAGGAACACUUCGUAUUUAUGCCUGAAGAAGAUAUCUAAGCGACUGACGAUGUCGAAAAGCGACAGACAGCCAGUGAAGAUAUCGAAGAUCGUGAGCGAGCUUGAGGGAAAGCAAGAUAAAGUGGCGGUUGUGGUUGCAAAAGUGCUUGAUGAUGACAAGGUGAUGAUAUUGCCAGCAAUGAAGAUUGUUGCGCUGCAGUGGUCAAAAGAGGUGAAGGAAAAAGUCGAGAAGUAUGGAGGAAGCAUACAUACACUUGAUGAGUUAUUUAAGGUAUGUGCAGAUAUGGACAAUGUGUGCUUGGUGUCAACAGACAAGUUUUCAAGAAAGUCAGCUAAGUUCUGGGGCCCUGCACCUGGAGAGCGUGGAUCGAAGACAUAUCCAAAAGGAAAUCUCAGAUGCCAUAAUCGUGAAAAGCGUGUCAUGAUGAAGGGAAGGAAGCCCAAGAAUCAGGAAAUCAAUCAAAACGAAUAA